AGAUGACGUCCAAGAAUCAAGCUGAUCAUCUCGAGUCCCAGCCGCUCCUGGCUCAGUCGUCGAACAGCGCCGGCGGCGGGGCCAGCAGGGACGCGGCCGAGGCGACGACGACGACGCGGCGGGAACGCGGCAUGGCCAAGGCGUUCCGGAGCACGGCGGAGCUGGCCAAGCACCUGCCCACCGGCGCCGUGCUCGUCUUCGAGAUGCUGUCGCCGGCGUUCACCAACGGCGGCAAGUGCCAGAGCGUGAACCGCGCCAUGACGGCCUGGCUCGUGGGGCUCUGCGCCGCGGCGUGCUUCCUCCUCUCCUUCACGGACAGCUUCCUCGACGCCAGGGGCACCCUGCGGUACGCGGUGGCCACGCGCGCCGGCCUCUGGGUCAUCGACGGCACGCCGCCGCCGCCGCCGGAGGAAGCCGCGAGGAAGAGGCUCAAGUUCAUCGACUUCUUCCACGCGCUCCUGUCGCUCGUCGUCUUCAUGUCCGUGGCCAUGUUCGACAGGAACGUCGGCGCGUGCUUCAUCCCGGUCAUGUCGUACGACACGCGGCAGGUGUUCAACGCCGUGCCGCUCGCCGGAGGGGUGGUCGGGACGCUGCUCUUCGCCGCGUUCCCGUCGACACGGCACGGGCUCGGGUUCCCGAUCCCCGCCGCCGCCUGAGACCGAACCGAUCCUUGCCUUGCUGGGAAUGAAUUAGCAGCUGAUUUCCCUAUAUAUAUGUUGCGUCUCCUGUUGUUGUCAGAUGUUUGUAUCAUUGCUUGGGAUAUUCGUUCCCAGACGUGCAUCGACUGCAUUUUUAGUUUGCGUAUAAUAAGUAGUAGUGCAAGUAUAUGUAUUGCUUGGGCUGCCGGAACUGUCAGUUGGCAGUGGCUGCCUCUGUCGGCUGGGCCAGCCAGCAGCCCAGCCAUCCGAACAAGCGCAACAUUGUCUUGACAAUUUCUCAA